AUCCUUUCUUGCCUAGCCAAGUACCUCAUAUUUCUCCUUCUUUCUUUCGUAAAUAAAAUCACACAUCACUCACCUCUACUCCUCAAUCAGUAUCUUCAAAAUAUAGAGAGACACAUUUUGUUUCAUCUUUACGAUUUCACGAGAGAUGAUAAAGUUUCAAGGACUCGUUCCAUCGACCUUUGUCCUCUUACUGACACUCUCUCUGUGUUCUGCCGAAAAUGAUGUUUUUUCUUCCACAGGGUAUGCCCAAAUUGAGUGCUUGAGAGUACCGCCGUUGGAGUUCGCCGGAGCGGCAAAAACCGCCGUCGACUUAGUCAGGAAAGCCGGAGCUUUAGUGUCGAAAUUCGACAAGAAAUUUGGGAACUCACGUGUGGGCCAUGCCAUUCUUGAUUGCCUUGAUCUUCUUGAUUCUGUCUCUGAAGAGCUUUCUUGGAUCAUAUCUGCCUCUCAGAACCCCAACGGUAAGGACAAUAGUACAGGAGACGUGGCUUCGGAUCUAAGGACGUGGAUAAGCGCCGCCCUUUCUAACCAGGACACCUGUCUAGACGGCUUCGAGGGCACUAAUGGAAUUGUCAAAAAAGUUGUGGCCGGUGGUCUAAGCCAGGUCGGUAAAACCAUUCAAAACCUACUAACAAUGGUCCACUUUUCCUCCAAACCCAAACCUAUGCCCAAUAGAGCCCACAAGACAACCACCGGUCAUAGCGGCUUCAGUAAGUUUCCCACGUGGGUUAGACCCGGUGAUCGAAAGUUGCUACAGAUUGAUGGCUUAUCAACAGCGGCCGAUGCAGUUGUAGCAGCAGACGGUACAGGGAACUUCACGACAAUAAGCGAGGCGGUGCUGGCCGCACCGGACUACAGUACAAAAAGAUAUGUGAUACAUGUGAAAAGAGGUAUAUAUGUCGAGAAUGUAGAGAUUAAGAAGAAGAAAUGGAACAUUAUGAUGGUCGGCGACGGCAUUGAUGCCACCGUGAUCACCGGUAACCGAAGUUUCAUCGACGGUUGGACUACAUUCCGUUCUGCUACUUUUGCUGUGAGCGGGAGAGGAUUUCUCGCACGGGACAUAACGUUUCAAAACACAGCAGGACCGGAAAAACAUCAAGCAGUUGCAAUCCGGUCAGACUCGGAUCUCGGAGUUUUUUACCGAUGUGCGAUGAGAGGUUAUCAAGAUACUCUCUACGCCCACACAAUGCGUCAAUUCUUUAGAGAAUGCAUUAUAACGGGCACCGUGGAUUUCAUGUUUGGAGACGCUACAGCUGUAUUUCAAGACUGCCAAAUCAAAGCAAAACAAGGCCUACCAAACCAGAAGAACAGCAUCACGGCUCAAGGACGUAAAGAUCCUAACCAGCCAACCGGAUUCAUGAUCCAAUUUAGUAACAUAACGGCUGACACAGACCUACUUCCAAACUUAAAUACCACUGCUACUUACCUGGGUCGGCCAUGGAAACUAUAUUCUAGAACAGUGUUCAUGCAAAACUACAUGAGUGAUGUGCUCAAGCCCGAAGGAUGGCUCGAAUGGAACGGCAAUUUUGCGUUGGACACGUUGUACUAUGCCGAAUAUAUGAACAACGGACCGGGGGCUAGCCUUGACCGUCGUGUUAAGUGGCCAGGGUACCAUCUGUUGAAUAAUUCGGCAGAAGCUAUUAACUUUACGGUGGCACAGUUCAUAAAAGGGAACUUAUGGCUGCCUGCAACAGAACAACUUCACUAUCUAAUGGCACAACCUUUCAAAUGGAACAAACCAAGAAUCAUGCAAUUGAGGUUUACAUGCAACCAAAAGAUUUUCAAGCCUGACAUGUACACCUACUACUCUGUAGGAGGUUGUGAUUCUCCAGGCAUGGACGUUAUGAUAAUCAAAGUAGUAUCAAGUGGCUGUUCAGUUUUGCCGAUGAUGUUGACGACUUCUGUUGCGUACAUUUUAAAGAAGAAGAAGAUAGCACAGAGAGAAGCAAGAGAGCAUAAUAUAGAUAGAGCAUUCAACUGGAUACUUCCACUGGAUACUUCCGGAUAGAAAUGCUGGAAGCUAUGAGUGAUAUGAUAUGAUUUGCUUGUAAUCAGUUAUUGAGGAACAAAGUUUCCAACAAUAAAAUCUAUAUGGAGUUUCUUAAGGCUUACAAUCUUCAUGAAUCAGUAUUUUUGAGUAUUUCAUUGUAUAAUAAGAAAAAAUGAAUUUUUUUCUUCA